AUGUUUUUAUAUUCAGGUGUUUCACUCCCACAAGAGAAGAGAGUCACGAUUUCUUACGUCCUUGGAAAAGUGUCUUUUAUUAACGUGCCCAAGAUUUGGGAACGGGGAUCUAAUGUGGAAGGAAAAGUCAGAGCAGUGUACCACAAUAAUACACCAGUUUGUGACGCACCGGUCUACCUGUUCACGGGACAACUGUGGCAAACACGCUCACUACAAAAUCUGACAACUGACAGCAACGGUGUGGCCUCAUUUUCUUUCAGCACUGAUAACUUUGAUGGGGAUAUCCAACUCCAUGCAAGCCUGACACCAACAGUGGGCAACCCAGGAUAUAGAACUGCACACUAUGACAGGGGAUUUCACACAUUAUCCAUGUUCCAGCCGUCUUCUCCUGAAAUUAAAACAAUCAGCUCUCUAGAGGUACAGAAGAAGGAUAAACCAGUGCCCUGUGACGCAGAAGAAGACAUAUCAGUCAACUACACUAUAGUGGGAGAGUCUCCGGGGUCUCUCGAUGUCAUUUAUCUGCUGCAGGCCCAGACCUGCAGACCGUUGGGUAGUUUUGCAGGUGCUGGGGGCAAUUUACGGGACUUGGCAGGGGCAGGACCAGAUGAUGCAGGAGCAGGCGGUGCCCUGACCACUGGUGGAAUGGCAGCCACAGGUGGUGGAGCUGGUGAUAGCGGCACUGCCGGUGACGACGUAGGCCAUCAGGUGCAGCACUCCAUCACUCUCCUUCUUGGUCAAACAGCACUCACACAGCCUGGAGGUGUGUUUGCAUCAAAACUUCUCAAAUACAUAUUUGACUUGCUCCCACUCAAGAAAUCCUCAGAUAUUCCAUAUGAGGUUCGAGAUGCUGCAGAAUGCCUAAAUGUGAGACCAAAAAGAUAUGUUUUGCCGUACCCCAGUCAAGAGCAAAAUGACGCCUAUGCAGUUUUCCAGAAAGUCGGACUGAAGAUGGCGACAAACUUGCUUUUUCGAUUGCCUUCAUGCCUCAAGUUCAAAGGAAAAUUUUACCAUGAUGGCUCUCAUCUUGUCACCUACGGAAUUGGUCAGGAGUUGUUAAGUCCCCCGGUUAGAGAUCCCAUACGUGGACUAGGUAGUCUUGAUCUGGGAUCUGCUGGGUUUCUUCCUCCACCAAUAGAGACAGCUCGCUCUUUCUUCCCUGAGACUUGGAUCUGGGAUCUGGUGGAAGUUGGAGAUGAUGGAAAAGGGGGCGUGUCCCUGACUGUCCCAGACACCAUCACCACCUGGGAGACGGAGGCUUUCUGUUUGUCCUCUCAGGGUUUUGGUUUGGCUCCUCGUAAAGAAAUGAAAGUCUUCCAACCUUUCUUCCUUGAACUCACCAUGCCCUACUCCAUCAUCCGGGGGGAGCACUUUGAACUGAAGGCGACUGUCUUUAACUACCUGACCAGCUGCAUCAUGGUUACUGUCACUCCUGGGCCAUCCUCAGAUUACACCCUCAAGCCUCUCUCUGGUGAUCUAUACACAUCCUGUUUGUGUGCCAACGAGCGCAAGACCCUCAGGUGGACCAUGAUCCCAACAGCCUUAGGUGAGAAUCAGGCUUUGGUCCUCAACACUACCAGGAAACCGCUGUGUGGCAGGCUGAGUACUGUUAAGGUUCCAAAAUAUAGGGAAGUAAACACAGGAGGAAUGCAAGUAACCACACUGGUCCAAAAGGUAAAGUCGGACGAUGAUUUUAAUGAAACACGCAGCGUGGGAGCUGAACACUGUACGCCGACAGUAUCAGGUCUCAUCGCCCAGACUUCAAAAUACAAUUUUAUAUGCAUCAGAGUAUAUUUUGUGACGCCCCCUCAUUGCGUCAGUACAUCAGCUUCAAAACCACAAAUGUUCUAUUUGACAACUUGA